CAGACCUCUACAUGCUUUGUAAGUAGGAAAACCUGCAAAAUCGGCAGUGUAUCAAAUACUUGUUCUCCCCACGGUAGUGUCCUCUCCUAUUCCGUCAAGUCAAUACAGAUGAAGGAUCAGGUUUGGGAAAAGGCCACUUUAGACUAAUGAGAUGCAGGAGGAAUUAAGUCAGACAUAAAGCUACGACUGGACCUGCCACCUGAUGUCAGCUAUAAAGCUAUGAUUGGACCUUCCACAAGAUGUCAGAUAUAAAGCUAUGAUGGCACCUGCCACCUUAUGUCAGCUAUAAAGCUAUGAUUGGACCUGCCACCAGAGGUCAGAUUUGCACUACACAAUGAAGCAUCAUCCUUCAGUCAAAAUCAAACAUGGAAAGUCGGAUAUAACUUGCUGUCAAACCUAACAGAUUAAACUGUUUGGUCAAUCAUUGUAUUUUGUUUGUUUUGGACACAGAAGUCUCAUUCAGCUGGUUAAAUGGACCGGUCAGCUUGUGUUGGGUCCAUCAUGAACCAUAUUUUAAAUAUCUAUGAGUAAUUGUUAACAUACAAUAAGCCAAUAUUUAUAGUUUCAAUUUUUUCUGUAUGCGCUGUGUGUCCACGUGCACAACUGUACAUUAAAAAAAAUGAUAAGUUACUAGUACAAAUGUAACUGUACACAUUCCUUUUAUUUAAUGUGCUACCUGUUUUUUUUUAUUAAAUUGUUUAGUCGGGAUAUCAACACCACAAAUGUUUUACAUUGAAGUAUUGUUUAGAUAUGUUUUACAGAUGGGUGAUUACAUGGUCCUACAUGCCUGUCACGUGAUCACUUCCUGGAUGGGGGUCAUGUGACGUUGUAGAUCCCCCAAUGGUUACUUCCAAUGGAUUGGAUGGGCAAUGUAGGCCUUUAAUGUUUUUUUGUCUAUUCAGUUUUUACGCUGCUCCGUUUGUCAUUUCCUCUCCCAGGUUCUGUCAGACCUAAUAUGUCCUUCAAUGGGAAUAAAACACUGGUUUAAGGCUCAUGAGCACUUUGUAAAAAAGUUGGAAACAACUAUGACGGCAGAGAAAGUAGUAACAUGUAUAAAAGGAGAAAAAACUUGCAUUUAAAGUAACAUCGGGACUAUUAAAUGAAUAUGAGUAUUAUGAUUACGGUGUUGGUGUGUGUAUGUACCUUUUAUUCAGGUAUUGCAGUGAAGAGUUGCUCGGGGCUGGCGGACCUGCCAGGUGGACACUGAGGAAAACAACCUAAUCCAGUAGCCUAAACCGGAUCUUCUUUUGUUACCCGCUGUUGAUAACUUGAGAGAUUGAAAAAUGUGUGGUAUUUCUGCAAGAAAAAAAUGCUUUUGCCCCAUUUUGAGUCCUCUUUCAGCUAAGCUCGGGGGAAGGGCGCAAGCGAACAGAGUGGUGUGUGGCUGCUUGCAACCACGUUCCAAAGACAACAAGGACGAGAAGGACUUCCAAACUGAACCUUUCUGGGGCAUAUUUUCGUUUACAAAACGGAAACCGAGCGAGAGUGUUUUUGAGAGGGCUUUCAAAAUGGCUGCCGAGGACAGUUUUAGUUACCUUGCCCCAGGACACAGCGAGAAGCACAGAAGGGCCCGAAACUGGACAGAUGCCGAGAUGAAAGGGCUCCUGUAUGUAUGGGAGCAGAACGUCGCAGAGCUGAAGAAAUGUAAAAGGAAUGCCAAGAUCUACGAGAAGAUGGCACAAAGGUUCUUCGAGCUCACGGGAGAACAGCGCCACCGAGAGGAGAUCAAGAUGAAAAUCACCAACAUGUCUUUCCAGUACAGGAAGAUGAAGUGCACAGCCAAUGGGAGCAGCGGAACACCCGACUGGCCUUACUACAAAGCCAUAGAGAAGAUCCUCACCAAGACGGCCGACAAUGGGACCAUGAACCCGUUUGAGCUCCAGUCUUCUGGCCCCUCCACUUCCACGGAGGCCUCAAUGUCCCACGCCGAGGGCCUCUCCAUGGGGUUCCUCCCAGAGUACACAGGCUCCUCGGACGAGACGGAGAUGAAGGAGGACCUGGACGAAUCGGACAGCUCUGGCCCUUCGCACUCGGCAGCUCCCUGUCCAGAUUCACACCCCUCGCCGGUCAAAAGGAAGAAGGUGGGCCAGCAUCUGUCGCUGAAGCGUCGGAAGCUGAAGGUGAUGGAGGCCAUGUUGCAGGAGCAGCAGAAAGUGAGCCGGGCAGUGGAGGAGACGUGCCGCGAGGUGCGCCGUGUCAUGCACCAGCAGAACUUCCUCCAGGUGCAGAGCUUGCAGCUCCAGGAGCGCAUGAUGAACCUCCUGGAGAAGAUGAUCCAGCCGCCUGCAGCCCCUGCUCCCACCUGGGCAGUUGGAGCGCAGCCUGGGGUCAAAGAGCCAGGCCAGGGAUGAAGGGUCAAGGGUGAGGGGUCAUGGAUGUGUGUGUGUUGGACUUCAAAAUAAAUGAUAUAGGCUAUCAAAGACAAAAUGCUGUACGGUGAUUAUCCACUAUAAGGCAAUGCAAGAAAGGCUGUAAAUAUGGACUCUGAACGAGAAUCAUCCUUGGCAUGGAUGAAUGACCACAUGGAAAACCUUGUUUGUUCAUCAGUACUGAAAACAAUCACCCACUGAGUCAUUUCUAGCAUGGCAAUCUAGUGAUUGCUUUGAGAGUUUAUGGAGUUAAAUGACAGAUUUUAGAGAUAUCUAGAAAAAUACUUUUUUUGCACAAAACCCAAUGCCAACAAGUUCUACAUCUUGAUGACAAAGGGCAUGUACAUUUGGUGUUGUAUCAAUGCUUUUCUAAUGUGUGUUCACAUGGUGUAUGUAUGCAUCUUUAAGCAGGCAUAAUUGUCGGACAUGUCUGAAGUGCAUGACUGAAAUAAAAACUGUCUUCGUAACAACCUCUCCCUUUUGUCCUGGAAAUUGCCACGAGGUUGCACUGUGCAUAGUCCGAUCGGCAUGUAAUAUGUUAUAAUAGUGUCUCUGUCAAUCUGACGGCGGUGUGUACACAUGCAUAUAAAGACCACGUGAUUUACUGCCCUCGCGACCGUUGCAGCCCUUUGACCAAAACGGAG